AUGGCCUGCUGCAACACCUGCUCCACCAGCUUCUGUGGCUUCCCCAGCUGCUCUACCGGGGGGAACUGUGGAUCUAACUGCUGCCAAGACAGCUGUGGGAGCAGCUGCUGCCAACAGGGUGGCUGCGGCAUCUGCUCCGGGAUCAGUUCCGGGAUCAGCUCUGGGAUCGGCUCUGGGAUCAGCUGUGGAUCCAACUGUGAGACCACCUGCAGGACCAGAUGUUAUGUACCUGAGUGCUGUGGGGGUGAUAGCUGUCGCACCAGGUGGUGCCGCCCAGACUGCAGGGUUGAGGGUACUUGCCUGCCACCUUGCUGUGUGGUCAGCUGCACUCCCUCAUCUUGCUGCCAGCUCCACCAUGCCCAGGCUUCUUGCUGCCGCCCAUCCUACUGUGGCCAGUCUUGCUGCCGUCCAGCCUGCUGCUGCUACUGCUGUGAGCCCAGUACCUGCUGUUAG